AUGGCUCCAUGUCUGCCGACAACUGACGGACUGAAAAUACUCAUGGAGCCAUGUCCCUGCGCGACUUGCCAUUGCAGGACCUGGGUGCUCGUCUGUGGCCUACGGAGCUGCCCAGGAGCUGGGCCCGUUCCUGGGCACUACGUCCCACAGCUCGCGGAGCUCAUCUACGAAGGGAACAAAGGCGCGAGCAGGGACAGGGCCAUCAGCAUCAAAGGCUUCAUGAUCGGGAACGCGGUGCUGAACGACGCGACGGACCAGCUGGGCAUGGUGGAGUACGCGUGGAGCCACGCCAUCAUCUCGGACGAGCUCUACUCGGCGGUGCGGCGGGAGUGCGACUCCUUCAAGGAGGAGGCCGACAGCGGCCGGCCCGGCAAGGGCUGCUCCCCGGCGCUCCGCGCCUUCCUGGGCGCCUACGACGACAUCGACAUCUACAGCAUCUACACGCCGACGUGCCUGCUGCUGAACAACGAGGAGUGGCACAGGCUGAUGAAGCGUGUGCCGGCCGGAUACGACCCGUGCACGGAGGCCUACGUGACCAAGUACUUCAACCGCGGGGACGUGCAGCGCGCGCUGCACGCCAACCGGACACGCCUGCCCUACCCGUACUCGCCCUGCAGUGAGGUCAUCAGGAAAUGGAAUGACUCGCCGGCCACCGUGCUGCCCAUCCUCAAGAAGCUCAUGGCCGCCGGGCUGCGCGUCUGGGUCUACAGCGGCGACACGGACGGGCGGGUGCCGGUGACGUCGACGCGGUACAGCAUCAACACGAUGGGGCUGCGGCCGCGGCGGCAGAGGGCGGCCGCUUCUGCUUCGGCAGGCAGUGUGGCCGCGCCGGAGUGGGGCAGGCGUGGUACUACCGCAGGUGGCAGGGUGGCCGGGUGGGCGGUGGAGUACGAGGAGGGGCUGACGCUCGUCACGGUGCGCGGCGCGGGCCACCAGGUGCCGCUCUUCGCGCCGGACCGCUCGCUCGCCAUGCUCUACCAUUUCCUCCGGGGCCAGGCCCUGCCGGCCGCACGCUCCUCCGGCUAG